AUGGCCAGUCCUACUGUGCUUACCUUUGACGCUGAGGGUCGUCCUAUUAAGUUCGAUGUUUGGCUCGAUGACCUUCACCUCUACCUUCAGAUCACCGCCAAGGACGAUAUUUCUCUUUAUGACCACACGUCCGGUGCCGCUCCCGCUCCUGCUGCCGAUGCUGAUAGCACCUUGCGCUCGCAGUGGCAGACCCGUGACGCUCACGCUCGCCUAGCCGUUCGCAGCCACCUGCCGUUAGAUGAGCGCGAGCAUUUUGGCCAGCAUAAGACCGCCAAGGAACUGUACGACGCCGUAGUCGCGCGCUACUCCUCCCCUGCCACUGCUACUAUAGGCCGUCUCUCACUGCCCUACCUCUUUCCCGACCUGUCCGCCUUUGCCACUGUCGCUGACCUCAUCACCCACCUCCGUACCAGUGACCUCCACUACCGUGCCGCACUCCCCCCCGAUUUCCUCGCCAAGAACCCCCCCCCCGAUUUUCUCGCUCUCUCCCCCACUGACCUCACUGUCGACCUCCUCGAGAAGGAACUCCUAGCAGCUGAGAAGAGUAUUGUAGCUGUAGGUGCCUCUCGUGGUGACCCCCGCACCCCCUUCUUUGACGGGUGCUCCCCCUCCCCCCUCCUCCCCUCCAUUGCAUCUGCUGCUGCUGUCGACUACCUCGGUGCUGAGGGAGUCGGGAAUGCGUCUGCUCCCGGUGGGAGGCGCAAGAGCGGCAAGGGCAAGGGGGGCAGGGGUGGUGGAGGUGGAGGUGGGGGCGGCGGCGGUGGAGGGGGUGGGGGGGGCGGGGGUGGUGGCGGCAGUGGGAGUGGCGCGGGUGGUGGGGGGGUCGGUGGCGGCGCAGGGGGUGGUGGCGGCGGCGGCGGUGGUGGGGGUGGGGGUGGUGGAGGAGGUGGUGGCAGUAGUGGCGGUGGUGGAGCGGGUGGCGGGCGCGGUGGAGCGGUGCAGCGUGGGGGGUUCGGAGGUGGCCAGAGGCAGCCGCAGCAGCGUCCUGGCGAGACUCCCUCGCCCCAGCAGCUUCGUGAGUGGUACUCUCAGCGUGGGGGGUCUGGGGGUGGGGGCAUUUGCUCGUACGUCAUCCGCACAGGUGAUCGCGCUGGCCAGACUUGUGGGAGGUUCCACCCGACACAGCGCUGCUUCUCUCGCCUCGAUGACGCCUGGCGCGAGCAGUUCCCUGACGCCUCUGAGCUGCCUCGGUUGGCUGAUCUGCUUAGGAAGGGAAUUGAUAUCUUUGCUCUUGAUUAUGAUGCUAUCCUUGCUGCCAUGUAUGCAUUGACUAUUAGUGCUGAGGGUGACUGUUACCUGAGUGUGCCGCCUGACCCAGGUAUUGGUACUGGUAUGGCUGCUGCGCUAGGUGCUAGUGCGUCUGCGUCUGCUGGUACUGAGUCUGCUACAGCACUGCACACCUUCACCCUGGACUCAGGUGCUUCCCGCUGUUUCUUUCGUGACCGCACAGUCCUUGAGCCACUCGCUCGGCCUGUUGCUGUCUCCCUUGCUGACCCCUCUGGGGGCCCGGUCCUUGCGACCUCCUCCACUGUCCUCCCUUGUCCUGCGGCCCCGUCUGGCACUUUGUCGGGUCUUUACCUCCCCUCGUUCUCUACAAACUUGGUGGCGGGCUCUGCUCUCCAGGACGGGGGUGUUCACCAGUUCACCCCUGCCUAUGAGCGAGUGACCCACUGUACGUGUGCUCGGACGGGUCGCCACCUGGCUACCUUCACUCGGCAGCCGGGGUCGGACCUGUACAUACUGACCACUGAGUCCCCUCAGGUAGCUGCGUCUGCGUCUGCGUCAGGUCAGCUGUCGGCUCCCUGCUCGUGUCGCUCCCUGUCGCACCAGACCGUCCUCUGGCACCACCGCCUUGGUCACCCCUCCGUGCAGCGCCUUCGUGGCAUGCACUCCCGUUACCUUGUCUCUGGUCUUCCCAGAGUUCUCCCUCCCCUCCCACCCUCGCCUGCUCCUCCCUGUCUUCCCUGUGUCGAGGGGCGGCAGCGCGCCACCCCUCACUCCUCCUCGUUCCCUCCCACAGAGGCUCCCCUGCAGACUCUCCACCUAGACGUGUGGGGCCCAGCCCGCGUCCGGGGACAGGGCCACGAGCGGUACUUCCUGCUGGUUGUCGACGACUACUCGCGCUACACCACGGUCUUCCCCUUGCGCACCAAGGGUGAGGUCCCUGAUGUUUUGAUCCCUUGGAUCCGCGCUGCUCGUCUCCAGCUCCGCCAGCGGUUCCAGUCGGACUUUCCCGUCCUGCGUCUGCACUCUGACAGGGGUGGUGAGUUUUCCUCCGCCCUCCUGGCUGCCUACUGUGCGGAGCACGGCAUCCGCCAGACUUUCACUCUUUCGGACUCCCCACAGCAGAAUGGGGUUGCUGAGCGUCGCAUUGGUUUAGUCAUGGAGGUCGCUCGUACCUCCAUGAUCCAUGCGGCUGCCCCCCAUUUCCUGUGGCCGUUUGCAGUGCGGCUGGCAGUUUUACCACCCCACCUCGCGCCGGGUCUUCGCCUCUCAGGACGUCCCCCUCCGCUAGACCCCCUUCCCCCUCAGGGUCCUGCUCCUUCAGGUGUCUCUGUGGUAGACCCUCCUCCCGUCGCUGAGCCUGUCGAGGUCACAGGUGACUCGGGUGCUGCUGUAGGUGGUACUGCUGGGGGUGCUGAGCCUGGGGGUGCUGCCACUGGGGGUGCUGAGCCUGCGGGUGCGGAGCCUGGCGGUGCUGAGCCUGGGGGUGCUGACACUGGGGGUGCUGAGCCUGCGGGUGCGGAGCCUGGGGGUGCUGAGCCUGGGAGUGCUGAGCCUGGGGGUGCGGAGCCUGGGGGUGCUGAGCCUGAGGGUGCUGGGCCUGGGGGCGCUGAGCAUGGGUUUGCUGAGCCUGGGGGUGCUGAGCCUGGAGGUUCUGGCGCUGCUGGUGCUACCACUGGAGCUGGAGGUCCUGGAGCUGCUACGGACACUGGCGCUGCGGGUUCUGAGUCUGCUGUUGCGCGGUCUCCUUGGAGUAGCCGCCUUCCUGGUCCCGGAGGUGCUCGUACCGCUGGUACUCGAGCUGCUGGGGCUGGUGGUGUUGUGCUUGAGGGUCCUCCUGGGGACGUUGCGACUGGGGGUGCUGGUUCGGGAGGCGAUGCGCCUGGUGGAGACGGUCCUGGAGGAGUUGCUGCUGGGGGUGGUGGAGCUACUGGAGGUGCGGGAGCUGCUGUGGGUGCUGGAGCUGCUGGUGCUGGUGACACUACACAGACGCGCCUGUUCUUUGCUCCGCCGUCUUCAUCGACUCUGCCACCUCCUGACUCUGUCCUUCACCAGGUUCUUAGUCUUCCGUCUUCUACCGGUCUUCCCCUCCUGCCUGACUCACCGCUUCCUGCUCCUUCUCCUUACACUGAGCAGUCAGGAGGUCUUACUGAGCGUCGUGAGCCUGCGUCGCGUCCUGUCUCGCCAGUUCGCUCUGGACGCACCGUUCGUCGUGGUCCGCGUUCGCGGUCGCCGUCUGUCCCCCGCACGCACCUUGUCAUUCGUCGUUCUUCCUCUGUUCCACAGUCUGUUCCUCUGCCGUCCCCUCCUGAGUCGUCUUUGCCUCACGUUCCGGACCCUGAGUCUGACCGGUUUCGUGCUGAGCACCCCACUGUCACGCGUCUGUUAGCCACUGUUGUCACUGACCCCUCGUUUGAGUCUUCUGCUGCGUCUGCCUUGGUCGCUGAGCUAGUUGACUUCGCUGCUGCCUGUCGUCUAGACUACGCUGCUAGCCUUGUUGCUGAGUCUGAGUCUGUCUGUCCUCCGUCCGUCGGGGGUGAGUGUGCUCUUGGCACGGACGUCCUUGAGGACAGGCACGAGGACCUUGAGUGUCUUGCAGCCGCUGCGCCUCAUCUCGUGGCCAUGCUGCUUGCCCCUGAGGGAGACCCGGAUGCUAUAGACAUCCCUACCCCGCGAUCUUACGCUGAGGCGAUCGCGGGUCCCUACUCCUCUCAGUGGCAGGCAGCCAUGGACGCAGAGAUGGCAUCCUGGAAGUCCACAGGCACUUACGUCGACGACGUUCCCCCUCCUGGGACGAACAUCGUCAGUGGCAUGUGGAUUUUCAGGGUGAAGCAGCCGCCAGGUUCUCCGCCUGUCUUCAAGGCUCGUUACGUUGCUCGAGGCUUUAGUCAGCGAGAGGGAGUUGACUUCUUUCAGACCUUCUCCCCCACCCCGAAGAUGACCACUCUUCGGGUACUGCUGCACGUUGCCGCUCACCGUGACUACGAGCUUCACUCUCUUGACUUCAGCACAGCUUUCUUGCAGGGCAGUCUGCACGAGGAGAUCUGGCUGCGCCGCCCUCCUGGCUUCACUGGGUCGUUUCCUCCUGGUACCCAGUGGAGCCUCCGCCGGCCAGUCUACGGUCUCCGCCAGGCGCCACGUGAGUGGCACGACACACUGAGGACUACACUUGCGGCUCUUGGGUUCGCGCCGUCUACUGCUGACCCGUCGCUGUUUCUGCGCACCGACACUUCGCUGCCGCCGUUCUACAUCCUCGUGUACGUCGACGACUUGGUCUUUGCCACUGCUGACAGUGAGGCUCUCGCCCACGUGAAGUCCGAACUGCAGAAGAGACACACGUGCACAGACCUGGGUGAACUGCGCAGCUACCUUGGCUUGCAGAUCACCCGGGACAGAGCACGCCGCACCAUCACACUGACUCAGUCACACAUGGUGCAGCAGGUCCUUCAGCGCUUCGGCUUCACCUGGUCCUCACCACAGGCCACUCCUCUGGCCAUAGGUCACUCGCUCUCAGCUCUGCCUUCGGAUGAGUCCGUAGAGCCGAGUGGUCCUUACCCAGAGCUAGUUGGUUGCCUCAUGUACCUGAUGACUUGCACUCGUCCUGACUUAGCGUACCCUCUUGGCCUUCUGGCCCGCUACGUGGCUCCUGGUAGGCACCGAAAGGUGCACUGGGAUGCUGCGAAGAGGGUAUUGCGCUACAUGUGCAGUACAUCGGGCAUGGGGCUCGUGCUUGGAGGAGGGAGCCCAGUUGUUCUCACUGGGCACUCAGACGCUUCUUGGGUGGACGACCAGGCUACUCAGCGAUCGUCACAGGGUUACACCUUCAGUCUUGGCUCUGGCUCUGUUUCUUGGCGUUCUACACGUUCGUCUUCAGUUCUCAGCUCCAGUUGUGAGGCUGAGAUCUACGCCACAGCCAUGGCUGCUCAGGAGUUACGCUGGCUCACCUACCUGCUGACCGACCUGGGAGAGCGGCCUCGUUCUCCUCCAGUGCUGUACGUUGACAACAAGGCUGCCAUUACCUUGUGUGAGGAGCACAGACUGGAGCACAGAACGAAGCACAUCGCUCUGCGGUACUUUCUGGCUCGAGAGUUGCAGCAGCGUGGUCAGCUUCGUCUGCGUUACGUGGCCACUCAGGCCAACACUGCUGAUAUAUUCACCAAGGCACUCCCGCCUAGUGAUCAUCAGCGCUUCUGCACUUUGUUGGGGCUUGUGCCCACUUUUCCUCACUUGCUGUAG